GGACAGUGUGUGAUUCAGGCUGAGCCGAGGCGGGCCAGAGGACCAGUCUGCUCCUCCAACAGUAGUCGGCGUGCUGAGCCGGGAGCUGAGCAGCAGACCUCCCUCCUUCCAGCGUGUGUGUGAGUGUGUGUGUGUGACAGAGAGAGAGAGAGAGAGACCUGGGACGCCGCGGCGAAGGGGAGAGCUCAUUCCACUACACGGCGGUCCUCCAUGGCUCUGUGCAACGGAGACAGCAAGCUGGAGAUCAGCAGCGCAGAGCAGAAUGGGUCAUGUGAGGGGGCGGUGGCCAUCCUGGACGCAGGGGCCCAGUACGGGAAGGUGAUUGACAGACGAGUGCGAGAGCUGUGCGUACGAUCCGAGAUCCUCCCCUUGGAGACCCCGGCCUUUGCCAUCAGAGAACAGGGCUACAGGGCAAUCAUUAUUUCAGGAGGUCCGGCCUCUGUGUAUGCAGAAGAUGCCCCCUGGUUUGACCCCGCCAUAUUCACUAUAGGAAAGCCUGUGCUUGGGAUCUGCUAUGGCAUGCAGAUGAUGAAUAAAGUCUUCGGAGGCACAGUGCACAAAAAGAGUGUGAGGGAGGAUGGAGUCUUCAGUAUUGGACUGGACAACACUUGUUCUCUUUUCAGAGGCCUUCAGAAGGAGGAACUGGUCCUGCUUACUCAUGGGGACAGUGUGGAUAAAGUGGCAGAUGGCUUUAAAGUGGUGGCCCAAUCAGGAAAUAUCAUCGCUGGGAUCGCUAACGAACAGAAGAAGCUGUACGGGACACAGUUUCAUCCCGAGGUGGAUUUGACGGAGCGAGGCAUGGAGAUGCUGCGCAACUUCCUGUUUGAGAUCGCAGGAUGCACAAAUAACUUCACCGUGCAGAAUCGCCAGCAGGACUGCAUCACAGAGAUCAGAGAGAAGGUCGACAAAUCCAAAGUUUUGGUGCUGCUGAGCGGUGGAGUGGAUUCGACGGUGUGCACAGCUCUCCUCAACAAAGCACUGAACCAGGAUCAGGUGAUAGCAGUUCACAUCGACAACGGCUUCAUGAGGAAGAGAGAGAGCCAGAGUGUGGAGGAGGCUCUCACCAAGCUGGGCAUCAAACUGAAAGUGGUAAAUGCAGCACACACCUUCUAUAAUGGGACAACAACCCUUCCCAUCUCUGAGGAGGACCGGACGCCACGGAAACGCAUCAGCAAGACCCUGAAUAUGACCACCAACCCAGAGGAGAAGCGAAAAAUUAUCGGAGACACGUUUGUGAAAGUGGCAAAUGAAGUGAUUGGAGAGAUGAAUCUGAAGCCGGAGGAGGUUUUCCUGGCUCAGGGCACUUUGAGGCCCGAUCUCAUCGAGAGCGCCUCUCAUCUCGCCAGCGGCAAAGCAGAGGUCAUCAAAACACACCACAACGACACCGAGCUCAUCCGCAAGCUGAGAGACGAGGGAAAAGUAAUCGAACCACUGAAGGAUUUCCAUAAAGACGAGGUCAGAGCGCUGGGUAGGGAGCUGGGCCUGCCAGAGGACAUCGUCUGUCGACAUCCUUUCCCCGGUCCCGGGCUGUCCAUCAGAGUGAUUUGCGCAGAGGAACCUUACAUCUGUAAGGAUUUUGCGGAAACCAACAACAUCCUCAAAAUCGUUGCAGACUUUUCUGCAAGUGUCAAAAAGCCCCAUGCCUUGCUGCAGAGAGUCAAGUCGUGCAUAUCUGAUGAGGAGGAGGAGAAGCUCAUGCAGAUCACCAGCCUUCAUUCACUCAAUGCCUUCCUACUGCCCAUCAAAACCGUCGGCGUCCAGGGUGACUGCCGGUCCUACAGCUACGUGUGCGGCGUCACAAGUAAAGAAUCCCCACACUGGGAAUCGCUCAUGUUUCUGGCCCGACUCAUCCCUCGCAUGUGCCAUAGCAUCAACAGAGUCGUGUACGUAUUCGGGUCCCACGUGAAGGAGCCGCCAACAGACAUCACCCCGACCUUCCUGACCACAGGCGUUCUGAGCACGCUCAGACAGGCGGACUUUGUAGCUCACUCUAUUCUUAGAGAGUCUGGCUAUUCCGGUAAGAUUAGCCAGAUGCCGGUCAUCCUCACUCCCCUGCACUUUGACCGCGACCCGCUGCAGAAGCAGCCGUCCUGCCGGCGCUCUGUGGUGGUCCGAACAUUCAUCACCAGCGACUUCAUGACGGGCAUCCCCGCCAUGCCGGGCAAUCAUAUCCCCGAGGAGGUGGUGCUGAAGAUGGUGAACGAGAUCAAGAAAAUCCCCGGCAUCUCCAGAGUCAUGUACGACCUGACCUCCAAACCGCCCGGCACCACGGAGUGGGAGUAAAACACAACAUGACUCCUUCACGCUCACAGGACACACACACACACACACGCGCACACACGCACACACUCACACACAAUGCACAAACACUCUCAACUGAUACCAGAGGGGGCAGAUAAACCCCACCCCUCCCCACCUUCCCGUGUCCCUCCUCUGUCCCGAACCUCCUCCCCUCCUCCUCUCUUCGACAUUCCCAUGGACGGCAGACCGUACUGUGACGAGCGCACACGCAGCGGCGCUCCUGCUCUGCUCUCCCCGCCCACUCUUCCCUGGUCUUAAUAUGUUCGGCGGUAGGGAGCUAUUAAUGUUGGGUAUUGAUAUUAUAUUGUCGUUUUUAAUUAAUGUAAAACAAUGUAUUUCCUCGCUACGUUUGAAAAAGUCGAAUUGCCACUUGUUGCGGCGAGAAGCUGUGAAAGUUCAGUAAGUGGACUUUGAUGUUGUGCCUCAGGAUGCAUUAUAGGACAAGUGAAAAGAAAAAAAUAAAAACAAGCAAGCAGUUGUGUCAUGAAAAGAAACAAAAGCAGGAAAGAGAGGUUUGAAUAUCUUUAGUUUUUUUUUUUUUUUUUUUUUCUUUUGGUCAUAUGUUUUUGUUCCACUGUUGUAGGUCAGAAUGUUCUCAUUCUAAGCCUGUCCUCUCCUCAUCCUCGCCUCUGCCUGUAUGCUGUGCUACGACGAAGGUCGUCCACACAGACGGCCCAUGUGACCAAUCGACUCUUUCUAAGCUUUCCGUUUUGCCAAAAGUAGAAUCUUGUCAUGACGAUCUUCCUCGGCUGCGUUUCCUUGUAACGAGCGGGUGGCUGGUUGAGAAACAGACCGCCGCCGCGCCGCAGAUUACCGGAGUGUAACGACCCGCGUGCAGCUGUGGGGGGAGGCCAAUAUGAUGGGUAAGUUUGUAUGUGCCUGGUUUUUUUUUUUUUUUUUUGUGGUGUGAUCUGACCUGGACUCUGAUGUUUCCAGAAAGGAGAAAAUAACAGUUUCUCCUCAUGCUGCAAUAUGUAUGCUUUUUAUGAAGAAUAACACGGUAGGAGGAGUAAUAACAAAACUAUAAAGUACAGUAAGAGUUUAUAACCACAUUUCAAUUGCUGUUGUCACCUCAUUAUUUGGCUGCUCGUUUCUUUUUUGUGUGUGCGCGUAAGGGCACAUUUCUGCACUUAUUUUAUUUUUUCUUCUUAAUCCGCUGGUGAAGCCUCAGUGCUUGAUCGUCAUCCAUCCUACAUCCAGUGGAAACAUCACCCUCCCAAAAGUGUCACGCUGUAGUGUCAAAGGUCAAGUUAAGAGUACUGUCUUCGCUGGCAUUGCUUUGUGUUAUGAAGGCAUUUCUCCAUUCCGUACGGUCAGAAGCCCCUCAGCACAUCGUAGUCUCCAGUCUCGUCGUUUCGACCUCAGUGAAUACAGUGCUCAGGUUUAACUGAG